AAAAUGGCAGCCCACAUGAGUAAAGAAGAGUAUCUAAAGCGUUAUUUAUCCGGAGACGAUGCAUCCAGUACUAAAAUUAAGAAAAAAAGGAAGAAGAAAAAGCCAGAAAAUGAGAAGAUAGUUCCAAGGUCGAGAAUUGUGGAUGAUGAUGUUGAUUUUCACUCAUUACUACCAGAAAAUAUUGAAAAUACUUUAGAAGAGGAUGUAGGAGAUAAUGAUCCGACUGUAGCCGAGUUUAUUGAUGAAAGACCUGAACAUGUCAAGAGACUUGAAGAUUAUCGAAAGGAUGACAGAUGGAAAAUCAUGGGAGAUUCUGAUGAUGAUGAUUUUGGAGUUAUAAAGCAGAGUAAUCAAUAUGAUUCUAAACAAAGAGGACAGAGGAAUGGUUCCGAUUCUGAUCAAUCACCAAUUAGAAGAAUGGUAGAUUGUGACUCACUUCCACGGAAAAACAAGAAUGAUUCCGAUUCUGAUCAAUCCCUUCCCAGAAAAAAUAGGAAAGAUUCCGAUUCUGAUCAAUCACCUCCAAGGAGAAAAAGGAAGGGUUCAGAUUCUGACCAAUCACCUCCAAGGAGAAAAAGGAAUGGUUCAGAUUCAGACCAAUCACCUCCAAGGAGAAAAAGGAAGGGUUCAGAUUCUGACCAAUCACCUCCAAGGAGAAAAAGAAAACAUUCAAACUCUGAUAAAUCACCCCAAAAGAAAAAUUUAACAGAUUUGUCAAAUACAUUAAAAAGAAAAAGUAGUGACAAAAAUACAAACUCUGGUAAUUCUGAUCCAGAUGUGUCCCGAAAGAAAUCAAAAAGUGAUAAUAAAAGUGAAGCUAAACCUACAAAGACUUUAGGUGGUGCAAAAGCUGGAUUAUCAAGUGCUAAAGAAAUGCGUGAAGAAGCUGAAAGAAUGAAGAAAAAAGAAAACGAGGCAUUUAAAAAGAUUGGUGAUUCACGGCUAGGUAAAGAUGCAAAAACUGUUUUCCGUGAUAAAUCGGGCAAACGCAGAAAUUUACAAGAAGAACAUGAAAAACAAGGCGAGGAAGAUUCUAAAAAGGCUGAAGAAAUAGAAAAAUAUAAAAAAUGGGGACAGGGCUUAAAACAACGUCAAGAGCAAGAGAAAUCUUUAACAGAAGCUGUUCAUGAAGCUUCCAAGCCCAUGGCUAGAUAUAAAAACGAUCAUGAUCUAGAUGAUCAUUUAAAAAAUAUGGAAAGAGCUGAAGAUCCUAUGUUAGCAUUUAUUAAAAAGAAAAAAGCAAAAGAAAAGACAAAACCAGAAAAACCAAAAUACAAAGGACCAAUGCCUCCACCAAACAGAUUCAAUAUCAUGCCAGGAUAUAGAUGGGAUGGGGUGAACAGGUCAAAUGGUUUUGAAGCUCAAAUAUUUGCCAAAGCAGCAGAACAAAAAGCUACGAAAUCUCUGGCUUAUAAAUGGAGUGUAGAAGAGAUGUAGUGAUUUAACUACCUUGUUUGUAUAUUUGUAUAUUAUUAAACUUAUAUAAAAAAAUUCAAAAGUCA